AUGCGUUUUGGUGAUAAAGCUUGUUCGAAAGGUCCUCAAUGUAAAAAUCGUGAUUUGGAACAUAUUUUCAUAUUUCAUUUCAAAGGUUAUAAUCCACAACCACGUUUUUUUGAUCUUGAACAAACAACGCCUGGAAAAAAUCUUUAUAUUGGAUUUCAUCAAACUGAUCCCAAGUCAGCUAUGCUAAUUGCUCAAUCAAGAGAAGGAACAGAACGAAAAGUGAAUCGUCAUGGCGCUUUUAUAUGUGCUGAAAUUAAAUCCAGAAGAAAGACAUUUAUAUCGUGGCAAAAAUGA